GCAUUAUCGAGGAGUGUGAUUUUGAUAUAGCGAAAAAGAUAAUGAUCAGGAAUAACUUUGGCCAAUGCUGGACAGGGCAGUUCCCUGUCAGGAAUAAACAAGGCCGGCGAUUUCAAGUCAUUGCCACCCACACCCCAUUAUAUGAUGAUUAUGGCACUUUGGUUGGGAUUAUUUGUAUAACUUGCGAGUCCCAGCCCUUUCUUGAGAUUACUUCAUUUUCUGUACCUGCAAAAAGUGACCUCACAACAGUCAAUGGUGUUGAAUCGCAAGCGAAACCUUGGGAAGUUUUGACUGCUUCAGAAGUGUUGAAUCUGACGUCAAGCAAGAUUAAAAAUAUCUGGACAAAGAUUAGAACUUGCGAUAAAAUUAUGAAAUGUGAAAUGCAAGGUGGAAACGGCCCGCAUGUUGAUCAUCACAGUUCCAUUGGAAGUGGUUGUUGGUCUGACAAUGGGGAGCGCUCCCUAGAGGAAGUAUCCCAGGGAAAACAGUUUGGAGAUGAGGGUGAAAGUAAAUUUGGGAUCUGCAAGCUAAUAUGUUGUAAGGCGAAGGAGAUAUCAUGGCCAUGGAAAAGAAGAGUACAAAAUUGAUUGGUAACAAGGACUGCAACCCACUGUGUCUCUCUGACCAGUAACCAGUUUGGGAGUAGAUUGAAGCCUCUAUCUCUUCGAUGAUGCGUAUUUCUAUUCGAGUUUUUUUAUAUAAUCUCUGUCCGGGUCGAAAUCAGUUGCAUGAAA